AUGAGAGAAGUCAUAUCAAUUCACGUCGGUUAAGGUGGUAUCUAAGUCGGUAAUGCAUGCUGGGAAUUAUUCUGUCUUGAACACGGAAUCUAGCCUGAUGGUUAAAUGCCCUCAGACAAAACUAUUGGAGGAGGAGAUGAUGCUUUCAACACUUUCUUCAGUGAAACUGGUGCUGGAAAACACGUACCCAGAGCUGUAUUCCUUGAUCUUGAACCAACAGUUAUUGAUGAAGUUAGAACUGGUACCUACAGAUAAUUGUUCCACCCUGAAUAAUUAAUUUCUGGUAAAGAAGAUGCUGCUAAUAACUUCGCUAGAGGUCACUAUACCAUUGGAAAAGAAAUCGUCGAUUUAUGCUUAGAUAGAAUCAGAAAAUUAGCUGACAACUGUACCGGUUUAUAAGGUUUCUUAGUCUUCAACUCAGUCGGUGGUGGUACCGGAUCUGGUUUGGGAUCUUUACUCUUAGAAAGACUUUCUGUCGAUUAUGGUAAAAAAUCCAAAUUAGGAUUCACCAUUUAUCCCUCACCUUAAAUCUCUACUGCUGUUGUUGAACCUUACAACUCCAUUCUUUCUACUCAUUCUUUACUUGAACACACUGAUGUCUGUGUUAUGUUAGAUAAUGAAGCCAUUUAUGACAUAUGCAGAAGAAACUUAGAUAUUGAAAGACCCACCUAUACUAACUUAAACAGACUUAUUGCUUAAGUUAUCUCAUCUUUAACUGCCUCAUUGAGAUUUGACGGUGCCUUGAACGUCGAUAUUACUGAAUUCUAAACCAAUCUUGUCCCCUAUCCUAGAAUUCAUUUUAUGUUAUCAUCUUAUGCUCCCAUUAUUUCUGCUGAAAAAGCUUAUCACGAAUAACUCUCAGUUGCUGAAAUCACUAACUCUGCUUUCGAACCUGCUAAUAUGAUGGUUAAAUGUGAUCCCAGACACGGUAAAUACAUGGCUUGCUCUAUGAUGUAUAGAGGUGAUGUCGUACCUAAAGACGUUAAUGCUUCUAUUGCUACCAUUAAAACCAAAAGAACCAUCUAAUUUGUUGACUGGUGCCCCACCGGAUUCAAAGUAGGUAUUAACUAUUAACCCCCAACUGUCGUACCUGGUGGUGAUUUGGCUAAAGUCAUGAGAGCUGUCUGUAUGAUUUCUAAUUCAACUGCUAUUGCUGAAGUUUUCUCCAGAUUAGAUCACAAGUUCGAUCUUAUGUAUGCCAAAAGAGCUUUCGUCCACUGGUAUGUUGGUGAAGGUAUGGAAGAAGGUGAAUUCUCCGAAGCCAGAGAAGAUCUUGCUGCUCUUGAAGUUAUUACGAAGAAGUUGGUAUUGAAACCGAUGAAGGUGAAGGUGAAGAAGAAGCUUGAUUAAUAUAUGUAUUUUUUUCUCCGUGCUUCCCGUUUUUGA